GCUUUAAUACAUUUUCCUUUCAAGCAUAUAUAGAAUAUAUCAAUUUUGCUUUGGCCACAAGCCCGCUCAUAUCUCGGGCUUGCCCGCUAAUCUAUUUUAAUAACGUUACAGAAAGAAUUUUCAAGUUUACCAUGUGCAGAUAUUUAUUUUAUGCCUACGUGCUUUUGUUUUCUUUCAACAACAUAUCCACUUUCGAAAAUUUGCAUAACCAUAUGGCAAUAAAUUGAGGUUGAAAUAAUGAUAUCUCGUCAUGAAUAGGAAAUGUGUUUAAUUUAUUUAGAUGGUUUCAAAACAAACGGCAAAUUUCUCCGUUGAAUCACAGAAUAGUCCAAAUGAAGACGAUAUAGAUUCCUCUCCUUCGGAAAAAUUAGAAGCGCCUGGUCAAUUUAUCUUUGCGAUUAUUGCAGCAGCAGUUGGCUCCGCCUUUCAGCAUGGCUACAACACAGGCAUUGUCAAUGCUCCUCAAAGUGUUAUCGAAAAAUUCAUCACCGAAACAUACUAUGAAAAGUACAAAGAGAUGCCGGCAACAUCUAUGGUUACUCUCAUCUUUUCUAUCAUGGUGUCCAUUUUCUGUCUUGGCGGUAUGGCCGGAGGUCUUGGAACGGCUUACUUGGCAAAAGCUUUCGGUCGCAAAGGUGGGCUCAUUUUGAAUAAUAUUUUGGUCUUCAUAGCGGCAGCACUAAUGGGGUUCGGAAAAACAGCCAAAUCUUAUGAGAUGAUGAUCGUUGGAAGAUUCAUUAUAGGUGUAAAUGCUGGUCUAAAUGCAGGCUUAGCUCCUAUGUAUCUGACCGAAAUUUCCCCAGUGCAUCUUAGAGGAGCAAUCGGGACUAUAUACCAACUGAAUAUUACUAUUUCUAUAUUAUUAUCCCAAAUUCUUGGAAUGCCUGAAAUUCUGGGGACAGAUAAAGGAUGGCCAUACCUCUUUGGACUGAUAAUUAUUCCAUCUAUAUUUAUGUUGGUAACACUGAAUUCCUGUCCUGAGUCGCCGAAAUAUCUACUCAUUAAUAAAGGUCAAGACGAUGCUUCAGAAAAUGCUCUAAAAUGGCUGCGUGGCACUAGCGAAGUUCAAAACGAGAUGAAUGAAAUGAGAACAGAAUAUGAAGAAGCAAAACUGGUGCCAAAAGUGAAGCUGAGUGAAAUGUGCAGUAACGCAAUGUAUCGCAAACCACUGAUAAUUUCCGUUGUGAUUAUGUUGUCGCAGCAAUGGUCUGGAGUCAAUGCUGUAAGUUAUUUUCUAUUGGAAACAUUUAAGAAAAUAGCACUGCGGUAA